AAGGCGAUUAAGGUCACAUUGAAAACUGUCAGAAUUAUAGAUAUAAGAUAUUUUUAUUUCUUUAUUUUUUCGCGUUAUUCUUCCAAAUUAAAUCAUGUUUUCCAAAUUCCGACUGUUCAAUGGGUUAAUUGUAAACACAGCCAGACGAACCUGUUCAAUUUACUCCGGCUACCAAAACACAACCAGCAAAAGUCCCACCGUGAACCUGUUGAAACCGGCCAGCCCCUACAGGCAGGCCCGAUUUCCAUCGACUUUCCAAAUCACAACGACCAAUAAUCAAAUUUACAUUGAUGUUCAAGGAAGACGAGCCGUGCUACUUUUUGACCUUCAUGAACAAGUGAUGACAAUAACUCAUACCAAAGUCCCCAAAGAACUCGGAGGGCAUGGAUUUGGCAAGAUUUUGGCGAAGGCGGCUCUUGACUUCGCCCUCUCAAAUGGGUAUUUUUUAAGAGUAAAGUGUGCUUUUGUCAAGCACUACAUAGAAAAAUAUGAACCGCAAUACGCCCAGUACAUGAUAUGAUAAGGAAUUUAAAUUCUAUAAUUGUCAAUCAAAUUACUAAUUGCUUAUUUCCUCAAGAACAAUUCUGUAAUCUAAUAAAAUAGGAACAAUAGCUAACCAUAAAGUUAGUUUACACAA